AUGGUUGGACGAAGCUACAGCUUAGAUACGCGCAGAGUUGAGUCCACGGAUCUUAGAAUAGCUCUUUAUGAGAUGAAAGAAGACGUGCAGAGACUCGAGGAAGAGUUGGAUGCUGAAAGAGAAGCGACUGCCACGUCAGCUAGCGAAACCAUGUCUUUAAUACAAAGGCUUCAAGGAGAGAAGGCAAUGCUUGCUAUGGAAGCUAGCCAGUACAAGAGAAUGGCCGAGGAGAGAAUGUCGCACGCUGAGCUGUCCUUGGAGCUCUUGGAGGAACUGAAUUACCGUAAAGAAGUUGAAAUCAAGAAUCUUGAGUGUGAAUUACAUGCCUACAAAUGCAAGCUUAUGAGCUUGGGAUGCGGCGGAAUUGAUGAUUGUAUGAGAUGUUGCGAUAGAUCUCAAACGCCGUCUCCAGAACCGAUUGAUACAGAUCUUUUGGUUACAGUAGAGAAGGGAGUUAUUGAGCAGAGCUUGGAUUCAUCAAGAAGACACCAGGAGAAGAUCAAGAAGCUGGAUGAGCAAUUGAAAGAGCUUAUGGACUUUGGAGAUACUAUAAAAGAUACAUACAAUACUUUGAAACAAGAGACAUUUUCUGUGUCUGAAAGUAAGAAUGGAGAAAAGGGUAAAGGUUUUGCUGCAAGCUCGUCGAACAUUCAAGAUAUAGUUGAAAAGGAGAGAGCAGAGUGUUUUUUGGUGAAGAAGAUGUCUAAGAAAUCAUCUAAACGGAAAAGAGACAGAACUAUCAAAAGAGAUGAUGCAAGUGGAAGCUGUUCUGCAAAUGAUACAGAUUAUCAAGCAGAGUUGCAGCGGUUAAAAGAGAGAGUAGAUCGGCUUGAGCGGGAGAGAUGCAACAUAGAGACUAAAACUAGUGAAGUAAAUCAAGAAAAUAUGAAUAUUCUGAGGAAAACAGAAGAAGAGUUAAUCUCUGUGCAAUCUGAAGUUAAGAGUGUGAGAACAACCCAAAAGUUACUUCCUAGUGAUGAUUCAGCCCUUGUUGCUGUUCAAGAGGCAAUGCUUUACUUUUGGCUAUGA